UCUGGGAUUUUCUGAUCUAUGAUUUUCAGACAAUGUUUGAAAAUAGGAAAUAACCAGUGCGUGGCAGUUUACUGGGAGAUUGAUGCCAUUCUAGCCCCUUCACGGUGGUGAUCUACUGUACAUAAUACAGAUAUAACCAGACAUUGGUUUAGUGAAGGGCUUUAGAUACAUAUUAGAUUACAUACUUAUGCACACGGCAUAUUGUACAUUAUAAACUUACUCACAGAUCAAACUGCAACUCUAUCACAAGAUUGAAGCAAAACGGCUUCAAAUGCUUCCAGCAUUCCAGCGCUGAGUUGUUUCCCUAACACGCAUGCGUGAAUACGCGCGCCUACGCACUGCGCUUCUGUCGCCGUGGCAACUCUUUGUUGACAGGUGACACGAGGACGGUUGUGAAGGAAAUUAAACGAUGAAACUUAAGCGGUUCCUUCUCCGAUAUUAUCCCCCAGGUAUAAUCCUUGAAUAUGAGAAAGGAGGAUAUCUAAGGACCAAAUCAAUCGACCUUUUGGAUUUGACUCCAAAGACAAAUCCAGACGAGCUGGUGGCAGAGAUCAGACGAUCAGAGGCUCUGAUCACAGAGUCCCGGGCUGAUCAGGUCAAACAGCUGAUCAUUCGACUUCAGGAGAAACAGGGUCAGCAGGACCACCACAAAUUCUGUUUCUUCAAGGAACUUAAGGCACACAUACUGCCACUGACAAAUGUUGCCUUUGACAAAUCAGGAUCAAGGUUUAUAACUGGCAGCUACGACAGGACGUGUAGAGUCUGGGACACGGCCUCACGCACAGAGCUGCACGCACUAGAGGGACACAGAAAUGUGGUGUACGCCAUCGCGUUCAACAACCCCUAUGGAGAUAAAAUUGCCACCGGCUCUUUUGAUAAGACCUGCAAACUAUGGUGUGCGGGGACGGGCAAAUGUUUUUACACCUUUCGUGGACACACGGCAGAGAUAGUGUGCCUGGCAUUCAACCCCCAGAGUACACUGGUAGCUACAGGCAGUAUGGACGCCACUGCCAAGCUGUGGGAUGUGGAGACUGGAGAGGAGGUGGCCACUCUCACUGGCCACACUGCAGAGGUCCUGUCCGUGUGCUUUAACACGGUUGGAAAUCAACUCGUCACUGGCUCCUUUGACCACACGGUCGCCAUAUGGGACGUUGCUUCAGGAAGACGUGUUCACACAUUGAUCGGCCACAGUGGAGAAAUCAGCAAUGUCCAGUUUAACUGGGACUGUUCCCUCAUCGUCACGGGCUCCAUGGACAAAACCUGCAAGCUGUGGGAGGCCGCCACUGGCAAAUGUGUGGCCACGCUUGUCGGGCACAAAGAAGAGGUGCUGGAUGUGUGUUUUGAUUUAAGCGGUCAGCUCAUUGCCACUGCCUCCGCUGAUGGCACAGCACGAGUGUUUAGUGCAAUGACACGGGAAUGUCUCAUCGUCCUAGUUGGCCAUGAUGGAGAGAUCUCAAAGGUCUGUUUCAGCCCGCAGGGCAGCAGGGUCCUGACUGCCAGCUCAGACAAGACGGCUCGCCUGUGGGACGUUCAGUCUGGAGUCUGCCUACAAGUCCUGGCGGGGCACACUGACGAGAUCUUCUCCUGCGCCUUUAACUACGAGGGCGACACCAUCAUUACUGGCAGCAAGGAUAACACAUGCCGGAUCUGGUACUGACUCUCGACCUAGCGGAGGUUUCACACCGACAAAGAUGUACCCACCAUGAAUCUGUCUGUGUAUUAAAAAAAAAACGAAAGGUUAUUUCAACAUUAGUCUUUCUGUAGUCUUACUGAGUUUGUUUGAUGCUUCACUGGAUCUGUAUUAACCAUAUAGUGUGUCUCGCCUUUCAUUUACUGCUAACAGGAUGCAACAUUGGCUUCAUUAGUUUGGAUUCUUCAACAUCUUUGGCUUUGAUAUUUACGCUGUUUAGAUGAUAAUCACACAGUGGGAAUUUACACACAUACAGAAUUUUUGUCGCAGUUCAAUACAACAUGUACAGUUACGGUAUGAAUGGUAUGAAAGCCAUUAAACAUUAUCUUGGUCCCAACCGAUCAUUGAUUUCCAUGUUUCAUGAGCACGUUAACAGUUUUGUUUCCACUGCGAUUGCCGACCACUUUCUCCUCCACAUGAGCCGACACAGGGCGCGAGGCGGGGUACACCCUGGACAGAUCGCCAGUCCAUCACAGGGACAACAACACACAGCUACAAACAAACAUUCACACCUACGGGCUAGUUAGAGGGUUCAAUUUACCUAAUCCCCAUAUUGCAUGUUUUUGGAGUGUGGGAGGAAGCCGGAGAACCCGGAGAAAACCCAAGCUCACACAGGGAGAACAUGCAAACUCCAUGCAGAAAGGCCCUUGUUCCAACCGGGUCGCGAACCCGGG